CUCCUCCUCUCCCCCCCUCUCUUCCCCCUUCUCCCUCGCACCACGCGCCGAUACUCGAACGACACCUGAGUAUCGUCAGCUUCGCGUUCACAGCUCUGCCCGCAGUCCGUUUGCCUCUAGCGUUAUCUGCGACUCUGCCUGCUCGACCUCGGCAUAGGGGAUCUUCCCGCCCAUCUAGACUGCGACAUCACAGUCCAGCUUCCCCCUCUUCCCUUCCCUUUUUUUUUGGAUCGCCUUUCGGACUUUCGCUCACCCUUCUGACUGUGUUGGUCUUGGUUUAUUUUCGUCACAGAUCACAUGUCCUCUAUCCGACUGGGCUAACUGACGUCUGAUCAAUCUGACCUGUCUCUGCGCCAGCACGGAAUGACUUUCUUCCCCCUUGCCAGCUUGAUUCCAGCACUCGUGUGCUCCGAGUCUGCCACCUAGAGGUUUCAAGAACCUUGACUUCCUAUGUCAGCAUAUGUCCAUUUGACAUGAGAACAUGGCUCCGUUGACCCUCGAGGUUCGCCACAGCGAAGAAGAAACGAUCGAGUGCUGGGAUGAUGACGAUGACUUGCAAUGCUACGAAGAUUUUCAGUUAAGAGCCGCAUCGACUGCUACAUCUGUAACGAAUUCGUCAAUUCGUCGGUCUGGGCAUCGGGAUUCAAUUUCCUCGCGUCGCUCCGCACGUUCCGAUCUUGAUUCUAAUACCGGGGGGGACGAGGAUUGGCAAGUUCAGUUGUUAGACAGCGACGAGAUUGUCACUGAAGAAGCGAUUGCUUCCGCCAAGAACGCUGGAAUACCUUUGCCUGCUAACAUUCCCCGGUCGGCUCUUAUUGGGGGGACCAUUAAGCGUCUCGGGCAUCGAAAGCAGGGGAAGGACAUCAUCGAUGACUGGUCGGACGACGUCGAAUUCCCCGGGCCUGAUAGCACGCUAGAGUUAAAGCGUUCGCUCGAUACAUCUUUCCCUGGAGCACUCCGACAAGUCAGUAGUGCUGCCGUAAGCCCUAUAAAAACAUCAGCUGCAUCCUUGUGGGACAGCGAGGUCUCGACUCCACUGCAUUCAGCCCUUGCAAUUGCAUCCACUUCACAACAAGGUAGCGGAGUUUCUGACAGUCACGAUGUCCCCACAAUUAGGGUUGCGAGGUCUCGGUCACCAGAGAGAGCAUCACUUAUCAAUAGUUUUAUUCCUGACAGGGACCUGGAUUCGACUGACAAUUUUGAAGAGGAUUUUGAAUUACCAGCUGAUGAAGUUUUGCUCCGGCUCUCUCCUCGAAAGGCCAAUGUGGGAAAUGCAAGUCCAUCCCUUGAGGACUUCGACGUUGACUGGUCAGAAGGCAGUAUCGGGGUCCGAUUCGGUGGCACUGCGAGGGAUCACAUAUCAAAUCCAAGCUCGUCGGUUUCCGUUGUCAGCCCGACUACCUCUAGUUGUCUAACUAUUGAAAGCGAAGAUGAAGGCCUUGAUGGUCUCAUCAUUCCAGAAGGGCCCCUCGACUUGGAAGAAUCCUUGAAGAAGCGAAAAGUACCGCCCAGUAAGGACAUUAUACAAUUAGAAGUGGCCUCGGUUGAUCGAGCGCCUCCCGGCACAGAUGACUUCUUCUCGGAGCUUGAAAUCGAAGGCGGCGAGGUGUUUGAUCCUCGCAGGCUAUCGAUAAAUCCGAACGUCAAGUGUAAAACGGAGAUUCCAAAAAGUCCUGCACGGCACUCAACAACUACCAUCACAUUUAUGAACACGGCAGUUUCCCCAAAGACUCGAAUCCCACGUCUUUCCGGUCACGACCGCCCCCAUUCGACACAUCUUGAAACCGUGUCAGAGAGUGGUGCUCCUCUGUCGAGGUUUCGGACCUCGCAGCGCCGGGCCGGCGGUCAUUCAUCACAGUCAUCCGUGUCCAGCCUCCCUUCUGGGUUUUCGUCAUCAUCACAGAUCCCCUUAACUCCUAGUCGACGACCUGUGGGGCCCGGCAUAUCAAAUGACGCCUUUGUUGGCGAACGUGUAUCUUCAGGAAGGCAACUACUAAGGACUAAGCGUUCAAUGCCAUCCUUACGAAAUAUGAACCAGGCCGUCUCAAUCAAUCAGAGCCCGCCCAUACCUCAAGAUGGGCCAGGCAUACCUAAUUACCACGCCAGACCUAAGACCCCAGUUGACCGCAUUGGAAAUGACGCGAAAACGUUUGUCCGUAAGCAUCAAGCUCCUUUCAUUCCAGCCGGUGCUUCAGAAAAGCAAUCGCACCAUGCUAGUGUCAAAAGCCAUCGACACAAUCGUCGCUCAAAUUCAGAUGGCCCUAGCGACUUGUUAAACAUCCAGGGGUCUGGAACUCGACUGUCAAGAUCUACUCGCCAUGAUUCAAUGGGUAAAGGUCCGAAUGAUUCAAGUCCAGAGAACUUGGUUGCUGCAAGUAAAAGAACACUCACUCGGCCCACCCGGCGGCGGAAUUUCGGUGACGGUUCUGAAUUGGCGCUCUUUGACGAUCUGCCUACAUCCUCCUCAGCAGAGAAAAAAUUUGUGAAACAUCCCUCGGGACGAGGUGUUCCGAGAACACUCAGGAGUAAACUGAGCCACGGUCAGUCUAGUUCGGCAAAACUAGAUGGUACAAGCGAACAAACCACGCCGGGUUCUACAAUGAAAUUUAAUACUGUCACGCCGAGAUUCGCCCGGGACACGAAUGCCUCAAGGAACGCAAGAGAACAACGCAUUGCUUCAAUGACAAGUACCCCGAAAAGUCGGGAUCAUCACCCGCUUGCUCCUCUGGGGUUAAAUUGGAAACCUACAAGUGUCUCGCGGGUACCUUCUAGCUCGGCAACUAUCCGGAGCAAGAAACACAGAGCUACUUCAGUGCUUGGAUGCAAACCCCAACUGAUCAAGCCCAUGGGUACAGGAGUGCAAGAACCAAAAUUCCUUAACGGCAUGCGCUACAACCCAAACUCUUUUUGCUGGGAAGGGAAUGAGAACCUGGUGCAGGACUUUAGCUCAAUAUCGCCGAAGUCACCAAAGCCAACCCCGGCUCUGAUCACUAACAUAGGUGCAAUGCAAAACGUACAGGUUGUUGGUGGGAUGGUCUUUGAUCCGAAACGCAUGUGCUGGCUCAAGCUAGCACCAUUGCAACCCGAAAAGGAUGGACUUGUGGCUAUUCAGGAUGAAGACGAUGUUUUUGCUGGCCUUGGUGACCUAAAGGAGACGACUAAUAUCUUGAAUGGACGAAUGUCAGGUGCCUACGAUGAGCUCGGUUUUGCAGCCAGUAGUGAUGACCGCAGCUACGAAGAUUCAUCAGACGAAUGGCCCAUAACGGAAGAAUUCGAUGUUGGUCCGGAGUUUAUCAGGCGCCAGCGUGCAGAAGAAGAAAAGUGGAGGCGCAAGGUCGAUAAAUGGACCACUCAGGAUCGUGGGAAAUUCGGAGACGGCUGGAGGUGGGCCAUCCGAGACCUGGUGAGAUUCAAUAGCACUCUCAGGACACAGAAUCUCGACCGCGCAUGAUUCAAUUGCGAAUGGCACUUCCCAAAUGAGGGAGUGAAAGAAGCAAAGUGAGAGAGUCGAUUUUGUUGCACUAAAGCAUCCCCUAUUGGUCUAUACACUUCGACCUUGGAAACCUGCUGCCAGAUGUCAAUGGCAAAUGGUGGCGAGAAAUAAGAACUUUGAUGAUUAUGAAAACUGACAGCAGCUGCUCCCGCCUUUAUUCGGUUAGGCUGUUGCUGUUUAUCCACGAGACCAUGAUUUAAAGGAGCGGUUUGCUUUUCUUUUUAUGAAUUGGCUGAUGUAUAUUACUUGCUUUUACGCCGUUAAUGGACAUAUGACUCUGGGAUGUAUAAUACUUGGAUCAUUCUUUCCUUUUUUUUCUAUUCUGUAUCUGUUGCAAAGAACCAAAUUGUGCGAUACAGGAGGUCCUCAAGAAGUUUAUAUUGAUUAUGUGUGUUGGAGAGCUCAAUGAAGUCUUGC